AUGCAUGUACCUCGACAUAUCACAAUUACGGGUCGUCGUGAUCAAAAGAAUUCCAAUCAAUUUUCCCAUCCAAUAAAAGAAGGAACCAAAUUAGCUUAUCAAAUGAAUGUUCCUGAACGAAUAUUCGUUGCUGGUGGUAAUGAAAUACGUGGUGAUCGUGCGCAGCCAUCAGAAGUUAUGUUUGAUCGUAUGGACAUCAGUUUCCCUACUUCAGAUUUAACUAAUCCAGGCACACUAACUCUUGAUAAAGGACCUUGUCCAGAAAUAGAAGAAAAUUUGCCACGAACUAAGAAUAAUUUGACUCCUCCACAAGGACUCUCGACAUCGUUAGCUGUAGAAGAAAAUCCUUUAUUUGAGUUGAAAUUAAUGAAACGACAGUUAGGACGUUUGGCGACACGUUUAAUUCAGUUAGAAGACAACUUCGAACGUAGGAAAGCUAAAGAAUCAUUUCUGUGGACCUAUGUAUUUAGUGUUACAGGUUUAUUGCUGUAUCUACUAUUCAAGAAAAAAAUCUGA